UCUGCUGCCUUUUUUUAUGUGGCAACGUCACUGAAGUCAGUCAACAUGGCGGCCCAAGAUGAAGUUGACGUAUGUGAAAGUUGGGAGGAUAUGGACGAAAUUGGCUUGGACCAGAAGAUCAGGCUGAUGUCAAGUGACUGCGCGCCAGUGCAAACUUCACUCAAAGGUUGCAAGGUUACUGUUGAAGAGAGCGCGUGUAUUGGAUCUCAGUGCGUGAUGCCGGAGCCAGCUAUCCGUAUCCUGAAGAGGCCGUCGUCAUCGGGCAGCGGCCAGCUGAACGGCGAGAAUCGCGCCCGCCCGGUUAAAACUCUUGAACAAAGGCAAAAGGAGUACGCAGAGGCUCGGCUGCGGAUUCUGGGUGAAGCUCGGAGCCCCGAAGACGUCAUUGACGACAAUCUAAGCCGGCUACAAGACAAACUACAAGCAAACAAUCUCAAUGACAAUCAAAACACUAGUAAUAAGACAAAGACUCCUCAAAGUGACAAUAAUACCAAAGGAAGGGAACGGAAAGUCCUCACGCGCUUGCCUCCCGGUGCCACAGUGUCCGGAGUGUUCCCAUCCCCACCUCCCCGGGGCGUCCUCGUCAUCCGCACCCCUCGAGGCCCCGAUGGCACAAAGGGCUUUCAAAAAAGGUAGCACCACCGACAAUAUUCAAUAAACUCACAAAGACGUAAUUCACUUCCAUCCAUUCGAUUUAUCCGAGUAAUGUAAAAUUACCAGUUGUGCUGUUGUUUUUGAUAUUAGCAUAAUAUUUGUUUCACAGUUUUUAAUUUGUUAAGUCACUUGAUUUCUUCGCCAAAUUUGAUUGAGGUCUAUUGUACUUUUUAUAAAACAUAAGACUGGAUUAUGUUUGUACAUAUUUUACAAUGAAAAACUCGAUCAAUGUUUUGGGAUUGAAUUUCAUGAUUGGAAGGUAUAAACGUUAUAUGAAUUCACCAAUUAAGCUUGUAAGGAGUCUUCAUAGUUGCUAUGCCUCUUACCCAACUAUAGUAGACUGAUUUAGCAUACAUUAUAAUGGUUAGCAACAUUAUAAUUAGCUAAGGUCCCGGAAUGAUCUAAAUACAUACAGUUAUGCUUCAGUAAAGGCAAAUUUACACUUAUUAGUGUAAAUGAAUAAUAAGAGUACAUUCUGGUUAUGUUACCACACUCAAACAUAUUUCAAUUAAAUAAUCAGCUGUAUUAAUAGAAGUGUAAAUAGACAUAAUUUUGCUAAUGUCAAUUGUAAUAUUGAUCAUAAUACACCCAUUUUAAAUAAAUUCUAAUAUAUAAGGUUUGAAUUAAAAAUUGUGAAAUGAUAUUUAAAAUUGAAGAGUGCUCACUUCAGGGAACAAUGUUAUUGUUAAUAUUAAAGGUUAAAAACAAACAAAACAUUGUAAUACAAUGUUAAGAUGAGAUUUGAUGAAAUAGACACUCUACCUAAAUUGCAUGUAUGCAUUUACAUAUAUUUUAACAUAUAUGAGCAUAAUCUAAAGUUACAUUUCAAGUUUAAAAUUUCAUUUGUCGAUAAAAUUGAAUGAAUUUAAGGAAUAAUUAACUUACCAUUGUGUGAAUACAAUUUAUAUAUUACUAAAAAUUUAAAGUUUAGCAUUAAACUUUUUAUAUACAGUUUUUCUACAUGUAUAGCGUAUUUUUAGGAUAAGAUAUUGCUAAUAAUUGUAUAUUUAUAGUAUAUUAUUUUAAUAUGUUAAGUUUUUCAAUGCUUACACAUUGUUUGUGUGAAUUCUGACUUUUAACAACUUUUUGUGUUAUUCAAUUUGCCUCAUUUGGUAUAUGAGUGAAUGACACUAUUGAAAUAGUCAAAAAUGCCAUAAAAUUGCUUGGCACAUAUGACCUUUAAGAUCAAGCAAUGGAGUUUACACAAACUGUGUGAAUUUGCAUUUAAAGUGUGACUGAUAUUGUGUGUAUGUGAUCUGACCAGAUAUUAUUUUGAUUAUAAUUAUAAUAAGCGAUAUUAUUUAUAAAUAUUGUCUCAAUAAGACUGCGAUGAUGUCACUAAGCCUACAUUGUAGGAUAAAUUUUAAGUAUCUUAAAAUCUUUAUUGCAAAGUAAAGAUACUUUAGUGUAGUCAUUUUAUUAGCUUAUAUGCUAGGUACAUUUAAUAACAAAAUAAAUAUAAUCAAAAUAAUGUUGGUCGCACCAAACCAACGCUAGUUUAAGUCUACAUAAUAUAACAAGGAUUGUGAUAUAGAAUAAUAUUGUCUAUUGCAAACCUUAACUCGACUGUGAAUAUACGGAAAUACACUCUUAUCAUUUGACAUGUACUUUUAAUAUUGAACGUAGAUUUCGUUAUAAGAAGUACAGGGAUAGAUUAUCGAGUUUUAGAACAUCUUAAGUAGAACAUUGACUAGAAUUAAUUCGAUUGGGAAUAUAAAGAAUGAAAUACUAUGCUCUUGGCAGCGAAAAUUGCAUGAAUGGCCCUAUAGUGCCAUCCCUUAUAUACCUUUUAGCGAGUCAAUGAAACAUGUAUUUCUGUUUUAUCUCGCAACUUUUAAGAACACAGAUUUAAAAAAUAUAUAUUCAUUCUAUAAAUAUUUGGCCAGUCUUGUACUCAUUGUUGAAAAAAAAAAAUACAUAAACAGAUUGCCCACAAAAUUACACAAGUUCUUGCAUAAAACCUCGCAUUAAAAUACUCAUUACUGUAUAUUUUGUGGGUAUUCUGUACAUGUAUUCAAUAUGCAGAUUUGAACCAGAGCCAAGUUAAGUAGAUAGCCAAAAAUGGUCAAAAUUUUACCUUGACUUAGUUAAAGGUGCCAAAAUCAUUUGCAAGGGUUUCACUAACUGAUGGAAGUACCACCGAUAUUUAUUAUGUGCCAUUUAUAAGGUUAAAUCAUUUAACGGAUUUUAAUGACCCAUAUUUGCUUAGUAGAUAUAAGAAUUUGAUAUAACUCGUAUGAAACUGAUGUCAAAAUCCUAUACACCGCGACUUUUUAGUCGUCUUACAAAGGUGGUCCACUGAAUGUAUCCGACAUAAAAUACCACUAGACAUGAUUAUUAAUUUUAUAGCAUUAAUUAAGAUAAUAGGUGCAAAGAAAAAUAAAUAAUACAUUAGAAAUAAGAAACAUCCUGUUAAUAAUGUUUACGUAUCAAACGGUAGAAAGUAGUACCUUCCCAGCGCUCGAGUCGAGUGAUCGUUCCAUCUCCAUUUUUUACGAGACAAAAUAUCGUAAGCCAAUCUAGCACAGUCCACGUGGACUGUCAUCCAAUGAGAUUCAUUCCACGAGCGGCACGACGGCACCGCCAAAGACGACGACGGCACUUUUCAAAGAGUCCACGUGGACUUUGAUAAAUGCCGCCUUUUACUUAAAAAUUGGUUUUAAAGGUCAUUCUGUGGCUCAGUUGCCGUCCGAACACCGCAAGUGGAAGUGUGCGCGCACUACCGGUAAUCAAGUGUUGUUCGCGAUCGCUACGAGUGAAUAGGGUAUACGUCUUGCAUGAUGAGUGAUAGGAACCGUCGCUACUCGAAUAUCGAGUACCUACAAAUGGUACGCGUGCACGCAAUAGCUGGUGACAAUUUAAGGGAAGCAAGAAGAUUGUACGCUGCGCCUAACAAUCUAAUAAUGUUACGGAACCGAGGAGUGAUCAACCCGCACGAAAUAAAAAUAAUAAUAUUGGAACGCGCGCGGCGCGUGUGACUGUUGUGCGCCCUGAGCCGCGUGGGGCUACCGGUAACCCAGCGAGCGGUAGGCAUUUAUCGCGCGCAAGUACAGAGAGUGACAGAGGCCUGAUAAUAGGUACGUCAUUGUCAACUUACAUCACUUUGUUUUGGUUUUAUUACGAAAAAUGUUUCUGACGGUCCUAAGCCCGUAAAAGUAUGAAGGAAGAAUUGGAAUUAAGUGUUACAAGUUAAGUAAGAGUGCAAGUUUACAAACUGCUACAUAAUGAGAACAUUAAGAUUGCAAUAGUAAGAAACUUAUUUUGCGCUAGGGUGAAUGAACUUUGAUAAAGACGCCGCGCCGCGCCGCGCCGCGCCGCUCCAUUGAUAAAGACUCGGGCCGCGCUCACUACAGGGUGUUUUUAUAAUCUAUGUCAUGCGUCAUAAUAAUGAAUUUAUUUUUAUUUUUGAAUUAUUCAAAUGUCAUAAAUAUAUAUAUUUUCUUAAUGAACGUGUUCUAGUCAUUGGAUACAUGAAGUGGGCUGCCGUUGUAAGACGACUAAAAUGUCACGGUGUAUAAUGAGGAAAGAUUAUAAAAAUCUGCAGUAAAUGAUUUACUAACACUAUUUCAUAUUGAUUUCGCAUUGAGAUAUAAAAGAGGCUCCGUUCUAUAAGUAUUGUGUGAAAAAUAUGAAAAUAAAGAGCUAAACGCAUCGGUAGUGCUAAAAACCGUUACAGGCCCAUUUUUCAAAUCUGCAUUCCUGUACGCCCAGACUCACCAAAUCGAAGCGGAAAAGUUUUUAAUCAACCAAUAGAAUAGAAAUAGUAUCCUUGAGUACAGAAUUUCUAUUUCUUGUUUAAAAACUUUUCUGAUCCGCAUUAGUGGAUACUGAGAUUUGGCUGGCCAUAUUUAACAGAGGUACCAAUAGAGAAAGAUGCCAGUAUGAAAAGAAUUCACGCAACUAUCACUAUUUAGAUUUUAUUUAAGGCUUAAGUAACUUAAAUAAACAAUAAGGCUCCACUGACAUUUAGAUAUCAUCCUUUUCACUAACAAUGAUUUAUGCUGCUUAUCCCUCGAUGCGGUACAGGCUUAAUAAUACUAUAAAUAGUUACCUAAGUAAAAACUAGAUGGCGUUAGCUGUGCGUAAAACUUUUGAGUAGGUAUCUGGUAAUAUUUCAUUCUUUAUAUUUCCAUGGAUGCAUGUAUCAAAAUAGUACUGUUAAUUGAAAUUAUAAUCAUUAUUUAUACUUUAGUCGACGCGCCUAUUUAUAAGAUUCUCUUGUUAUUUAGUAUUUUGUACUGAAUAAUAACACUUGUAGCUACUUGGACGGUGAAGUGUACAUUAUUGAAAGAAUAGAAUCAGUAGUGGUGUUGCCAGGCGCGUAAAUUAAAAGUGGAGAAAUUCAGAAAAGGUUGAGUUAAAAAUGCAUUUAUGCCGAUCACGUCGCUUGCUUUUUAAUUUGCUGCCAAAUAAAUAUUUCCACUUUUGCUAAUGCGCUGAAUAAGCGGGAUUUCAGUGUAUAUUCUGAGAUGACUGAAAAGCCGGUAAUGUCACAAAAUCCCGCCAAAAGCAUAACAUCUGGCAACACUAAUUAGUAGGAAAUCUACUGAUGAAGUGCGGAAUGUAAAGUAUUUUACAGUUUCUUAUGACUAUGGUUACUAUUCAGGCUAUUUAACCCCCUAGAAGGGUUGCUCAAGGACACUUAGGUUGCGCAACCAAAUUGGUUAUCGCACAACCUCAACCCUAAUGGUUAAUACCCAACAAGGUUACAAAAAGAGGUGAGAACCAACUGUGUCUUUUAUUUGUAGUAUAUUACCUAUAAUAAAUUUUUAUACCUACAACCGAAUAUGUGCACAGUAAUGAUAGAUAUCGAUCGUACGUAACACUGGCUAGAACAACAAUCUUGUCAAACACAAACGUUGUUGUAACAAUAAUUUAUUUUAAAAUAAAAUAUUAGUCAUCUCA